UUUGCAACUUUCGUUUCUUCUUGAAAUUAUUUUUACAAUUCAAACAGAGUGAUUUUGCUGUACUCAUUCAAGUGGGUGAAACUGAAUAGCUAGUUUCUCUGGCGAUUGUCAUUGGUUUGAUUCGUUUCCAGCUAAUCUUAGUCUUUAUCAAAUCCAAUCUUCAAUCUGUUGGCAUUUAUAUUUUGGUCUAGUAAUUAAGUUUAUUGUUUGUCCUGCAUGUGUUUUGUUGGAAGCGAAUCAUGGAGGCUCCACUCCUCCUCCUACGAGGUUCUAUAGGAGAAAAGCUGCUACAUAGCACUACCAAUAUCAUUCACAAGUCAUAGAAGAGAGAACGUUGAACCAUUAUAAUGGCGACAAGAGAGCAAACAAGUCAGAGAGCGAGAGAGGUAUCUCAACAAGUUCGUGUGCUUCCAAAUCCUCUGCUUCAUCAUUUAAAACCGCAAGUCAAGGCAUGCUUGGUUACCAGCUGAUGAUAUCAUGCUUGUCUCCGGUUGGCUCAACACCAGCAAGGAUCCGGUUAGAUCUAAUCAGCAAAGACUUGGUGCCUUUUGGGGAAGGAUUGCAGAUUACAUUGCAAAAUGUCCAAAUGAUGUACGUCGGCCAAAGAGGGAGGCGAGUCAUUGUAAGCAGAGGUGGGGGAGGAUAAACGACUUGGUGUGCAAGUUCGUCGGUUGUUACGAGACUGCUACAAGAGAGAAGUCGAGUGGACAGAGUGAAGAUGACGUGAUGAAGGUAGCACAUGAAAUAUUCUUCAAUGAUCAAGGACAUCGGUUUACCUUGAAGCAUGCUUGGCGAGACUUAAGGUAUGAUCAAAAAUGGUGUGCGUCCAUAUCUGCUAAAGGCAAUGGAGUGAAGAGGGGAAGGGAGGAUGCACAUCUGCUGAAUGACAUUGGUGGAUCACAGCCACGUCCUCCUGGUGUUAAGGCUGUAAAGGGGAAGUCGAAAAAGAGCACUAGUACACAACCGGAUGUGGAGGAAGAUGGAAAAGCUUUCUUGGAGUUUCAGUUGGAACGUGUAGAGAGGAUGUAUGAGAUGAAACAGAAAGAUUUCGCCUUGAAGGAGAAAGAGUUCGCUAUGAAGAAGGAGCAUAUGAAGCAUGUUAUGCUUGAAAAUCUGAUUGCUAAGAAGGAUUCACUAUCUGAAUCCGAGAAAGCUCUUAAGGACAAGCUAAUUGAUGACAUGAUGUCAUCAGGUUGAAUCCGAAUUAUGCUUAUGUUUUUAGUGUUCUAUGUAUUUGGUUGUUGUAGUUUCGAAUAUUGUUGUGUUCUAAAUAUGUUUGUGUUUUUUGUGUUCUAAGUAUUUGGUUGUAAUCGGACAAGCUUGUGUUUUUUUGUAAUCGGACAAGCUUUAUGUAAUCCAAGUGUUUCUUGUUUUGGUGUAAUCGAAUUGUUUCUACUUAGUUUA